AUGAUGGCUGCUAACGAACAGGGAGUGCAAGGGAAUGCAGCAGGCGAGAGAAAACAACGAGUCGGCGUAUUCGUCGAUGUCGAGAAUGUUCUGGGGUGGCUCAAGCGAGGCGGCUGUACGGAGCUGCUCGCGAAGGCCGGCGAGCUCGGGGUAGUGGGCAUCCGGCGCGCCUUUGGCGACUUCUCGAACGCGACCGUGGCCUCGAGGCAGGACGAGCUGCAGAGGCACGGGUUCGACCUCGUGCACACGGUGCACCCGGCCAAGGGGAAGAGCAACUCGGCGGACAUCAGCAUGACGAUAGACGUGAUGGAGAGCUGCAGGACACCCGGAGGCGUUUUCGACGCCAGCGGAGGUGCUCCCGAAAUCGGCGGGGGGGGGGCGGCGGCGGUAUACGGCGGGCAAGCGCACUCGGCGCAGAACGCCCGUUUUGACAGCAGAAAUGGCAGCGGCAAUGGCGGUGUCAGGGGACACGGGUGGCGAGCUGGAGCGUCAACGCCGCCGCCGCCGCCGCCGUCUCUCCCGCCAGCGUUCGGCGGGCUGGGAGCACUGUCGGUGAUCCGCCCGUCAGAAAAGCUCUACAUGCACCUGCUCAGCGUGGAGUACUCUCCCUCGGCGGCAGCAGACCGCACCGGAGACACCGCCGGGAGCCUCGCGAGCGACUGGGGGAGCGGCCUCUCCGAAGUCACGUUAGCCAAAGGACUGGUCUCCCUCGCCGAGGCUUGCGGUGGCCAGGGCGGCGGUGACAACUCCCGCGCGGCGGCGGCUGCAGCGGCUGCGGCGGCCCUCGGCGGUGGUGGUGGCGGCGGCGGCGGGGGGGCGGGUGUGGCCCUCGACCGCGAGGAGGCGUUUCGGGUGGCCAACCUCCUGCAGCGUUGCGGGUUCCUGUCGUGGGUGGCGAAGGAGCAGCAGUGGCUGGUGACCGUGCCGGCGGACGUGGAGGUGCUGCGGAGGAGGAGGGAUGAGACCAUGAUGGAGGAGCUGCUCACCAGGUGCCAGGAGGCGGGGGUUCCUUUCGAGCCCACCCUGGCGGCCAACUUGCUUUGGUCCAAGGCGCGACGGUAACCAAGAAUGGUCUCUGCUGCUUCAUGGGUGAUUCGGAAUACCACGUGUGCCAGGGGAAGGGGGGGGGGGGGGGUAGCUGUUGUUGGGGGGGGGGGAUUGAAACGUCUGCUUUGCUGUUUUGACGUUGGCAGACGAGGGGGGGGGGGGUUAUGGAGUCACACGUGGGGGGCGCGAUGCUGCAGGAUAGAGAUGUAUCGAGAGUGUAUAGGCUUGAAUCUUAUAGAUUUGGUGUGCCGAUGCCUGCCGAAGGGGUAGAGACUUGAGAGAGCUCUGUUCCCGCAGGUGGUUGUACCGUGGGUUUGUUUUUUGCGGAGCAUCGUCUUCUGGUUGUCGUUUCGUACGGGGGUGCUGCAAGAACCAGUGGCACAAUUCCCAACGUUGUAUCAGUGCUGUGGGCAGGGAUGGCUGCUGAGGUUGGACCUGCCGUGACGCUGUGAUUAUCUCUGUUAAUUUGUGUUGUGUCGGCGGACAAUCCCAGGUGCUUGGGCGUGGCUUGGCGUUGAUGUCCUUUGUUACAUAGCGGUUACUGCUGUCGUUGCUGCUGUGGCCUGGUUGUAUGGGGCAAGGUUGUGUGUGUGUGAGCAAGGCGAGGAAAACCUCGAGUGCUUUCCUCCCAAGGUUCGUGCAACCGGCGGUGAAAAGUCCUGUAGCUUUUCGGCGGCGGCGGCGUGCGUGCUCCGGUUGUAUGAUGCAAGUUUGUUUUUGCUGUGCAAUGUCCAAUGUUGACAUGUGUGUGACUGAAGUGCGUUAGUUGUUUUUUUCCAUCAAGGAAAUUCGAGUAUCAGCGUCCGUUACUUUACAGCCAAGAGGUUUUCAAGUUCCUGUAUCUCACUGCUGUCGAGGUAGGGGUAUUAUUUGCUCGUCACUUCUAAGCCGGGGGAUUUAUCUCGCCUGCUUUUUGGCGCAUGUCCUGCUCGUUCUGGGCGUGUACGGUACGGUUCCAGUUACGCGUGUAAUCAGCUAUUUUAUGGAUGUUCGUUGUGAAAGAUGGGCAAAAGUUUGGUGGUGUUUUCUUGAGUAGACCCUUGGCCCUCACACAUGCAUGUACUUGAAAGCUUAUAGUUUGGACUUCCGACUGGUGCGUGUCUGAGGUUUUAGACUGUUAACCAGCGCAGCGCGGCGGUGGUUACACCUGGUACAGUCGUCUUUUUCUGUAAAUAUAGGACAGGAUUUUGGCAUCCGUAAGUGUAUGGCAGGGCUUGGCAUUCGUAAAUAUUUGGCAGGGUUUGGUAUUCAUCUGGACAACGUCACAACGGCACGCAGCAGCAAGGCUUGUGAGUUGAACGAUGUGGCUUGGGGGGGGGGGGGUCUGAGCAAAACGCGGCUAGCAAAACGCGGCUAAGUUUUGCGGAGUUAUCGGGUGUGAGGUCGAUUAUUCAGUAGUUCCGACCGCGUGACGACAGGCUAUGUUCAAGGGCCUCUUCACCGUUUGGACGUGCGCGGCGUGAUCGGAGUUCGAGACUGUCAGGUGUUGCCGGUGGGAUAGAGGGUUCCAAACUGUCAGGACACCGUGCGUGUAUGCAAGGAACAAAUGGUCUGUUGGUACGUUUUGUGGUUUGUGGUGGGGAGCAACAACCAUUGUGGCGUGUUCCCUGGAUUUUUUCUCGCGGAACGGAAUAACCGUGGUUAUUUCGUUGUCGUCAUGGAAUCGUCCUUCCACCUACAUGUUGCGUGAGCGUUUCCAAUACAGGUAGGUGUAACCACAAGGCUGUGUUGUUGUAGCAGUCGGCGAAGCCAACGAGCCGGGGCCUCGACGUCCAGAUAGCGAGAAACAUGCCGGGGUAUCACGGCCGCGAUUGAGCCGCUGUAUGGGUGUGUAGCACGCGAAACGGUUACUUCCUGUUUUGCAUGGCGAUUCUCCUCUUUCCUCCUCUUUCCUCACAUGGAAACACCUUACCGUGCCCCCCCCCCCCCCCGCGCCCCCACCGUGAUUGUACUGAUUUACAUUCGGGGAUGUAUACUUGAGUCAAGAGAGUGUAAAGCUGUGUAGCCCCCUGUUUGGCCGGGUUUGUUUUGCUCUUUUGGCCGCACGGACUUUGGGUCUGUUUCGGCCUCAAGCACGUCGUAAUUAGUCUUGAAAAGGGGGUCGUCUCUCGUGCAUUAGGGGGGUGUAGUUCUAGCCUGGGGGGACUCCUGGGGUGUCAAUUCUAGGCCUGUCUAUCGUCUCCUGCCGCUGUAGUGGUGGGCAAAAGCUGGUGGGAGGGAAAGCUGGAGGCAUCUAUCGUAAUAGUGUUGCCGUGCUGCUAGAAAAUAGUCCUUGCAGAGAAAUCUCCAGCCUACAUCGAUAGUAAGUAUGUGCCGCUGCUAGAAACAAUUACUCCCUUCUGGUCGGGGCUUUUGGAAAACGUGGGACCUAUUUUUGGCCCCCCCUACAACUUUACCGUGCAAACGGAUCUACUCUGAAAUAGUUCUUGCUUCGGCUACGUAGGUCGACUUUACAUCAAAGCGGAGCGGUGUCGGAUGUGCUAUUAUUUGUUUGUGGUGGACAUGGAGGGGGGGGCGCGGUGCUACACUGAAGGUUGGUGUGUACUUCGCUCGCGAGAGUUGAGACGACGACGCGUAGAGUAGGCCGGAUGGGAAUGGAGGCGGGGAUUUGCUGAGGAGACUCAACCGGCUCGGGGUGCGCUAGCUCCUGCGAAGACGCGCGUGAAAAGAGAGUGUGUGUUGCGCGGUGAUUUAUGUACGUACACCAACACUUGACCAACUUGCGGUGUGGUGCUGUGCGGUUUAUUCUCUUCGCGUGGAACGCCGCAACGGGGUGAAGCACCUAGGGCACAUGACGUGGGUGCGCACGAAAGCAUACGGGGAAAUCAUUUUAUGGACGUGAUGAUCAGGACUCAAACUGAGCCGUUGUAGGUGAUUAUUAUUGUGGGAGUUCGUGAGGGCUGUGGUUGGGAGCAUUUGAGCAUCUGUUUUUGUGAUCGAAGUAGGGGGGAGCGGAGAGCAGCCAAGUUGUGGGGGCGGGGAGCGAGCGAGUUGCUGGAGGGAGCGGAGGACCCUUUUUUUGCUCCAACCGCGCCCGCGGUGUAGAGAAAGGGGGCAACCGCAUCGUUGCCCCAAACGGUGUCUAGGUAUGUCGUGCAGGCGUUGGUGCUGUGCAUACCCCGAAAAGAAGAGGGUGCUUGUUCAUCGCUUGCCUUGGAAUGUGUGUGUGUACCUGUGCGCAACUUGCGGGGCCUUCAAGGCGGGUUAGUGUGUACUCUUCUCUUCUAUUUGUUUGACCCGCCCUCGAGGUUGUGAACGCAAGCUAAGCCUUGAUGUUGCUUAUAAACUAGUAUCGGCAAGAUGUUUUGGUGUGUGCUGUACAGAUGCGAAUCAAGAACAAAUGAAUCCAGAGCCGAAUGCCGUCCGCGGAGUUUCAGUCGCGGUGGCCGACGACACCGCCGCCCAUGUCAUGUAGAAACCCCAACGGUCGAGCUUGAUAUGUAUAUUCCUGGAGAUGGCUGAGUGUAGGAGGAGUCUGUCUUUUUUGUCCAGGCGUCCGCGUCCGUUGGAACGGUUGCGGGUGUAUCAGAAGGUCGGGAUGGCUUUUUGUGUGGAAUACAGCAACAACAACAACAA